UUCUCAUCAGAGGGGCUUAGAUUCCCUUCAUUCUGACUUCUUCUUCUGUAUCUUAGGCUAUUACUUUCUUACUUAUAGCUGUUUCUUUACCUCUGUCAAAAUGAAUAGGGGUCAGCAGUCAUUUGCUAGUAGGUCUGUAGCGGGCACAAAGAGCUUUAGCUCUUCUUCGCUUGGUGGUGGAGGCCUUGGAGCUAGAGGUGGUGGAGGUAGAAUUAGCUUUAGUUCAGCUUCUGUGUCUAAAGGAAUGGGUGGCGGUCGUGCUAGUGGUGGUGGGGGAGGAUUCAUACAAAGUGGAGGUGCCAGUUUCAGUUCUCAAAGCCUCCAUAACCUCCAUCCUCUUGGAGGAACAAGAAAAACUGCCAUUAGUUCAGGCAGUGUUCGUGGAGCAGGUGGUAUAGGAUUUGGUGGGGCAGGAGGUGGAGGAUUUGGUGGGGCAGGAGGUGGAGGAUUUGGUGGGGCAGGAGGUGGAGGAUUUGGUGGUGGAGGAUUUGGAGGUGGAGGAUUUGGAGGUGGAGGAUUUGGAGGUGGAGGAUUUGGUGAUGGUGGAUUUGGCGGUGGCCUAGGAGGAAUAGAUGGAGGUUUUGGAGGCAUGAAUUUUCCUGUAUGCCCUCCUGGUGGAAUUCAGGAAGUGACCAUUAACCAGAGUCUUCUGGCACCGUUAAAUCUGGAAAUUGAUCCAGCAAUUCAAAAAGUGAGGACAGAGGAAAGGGAGCAGAUUAAGACCCUCAACAACAAAUUUGCCUCCUUCAUUGACAAGACGAGAUUUUUGGAGCAGCAAAAUCAAGUAUUGAAGACAAAAUGGGAACUCUUGCAAGAACAUGGGCAAAAAGGGGUUACAAAGAGAAGCAACAUUGUACCUCUCUUUGAAGCUUACAUCAGCAAUCUGAGACGUUCAUUGGAUUCGCUGCUUAAUGACAAACACCGCUUGGAAUCAGACCUGAGAAGCACUCAAGAUUUGGUAGAGGAUUACAAAAACAAAUAUGAGGAUGAAAUCAACAAGCGCACAACUGCCGAAAAUGAAUUUGUAGUGCUCAAAAAGGAUGUGGAUGGCGCUUACAUGAACAAAGUAGAGCUGGACUGUAAAGUCGAUGCAUUGACUGAUGAAAUUAACUUCCUCAGGACACUAUAUGAAGCGGAAGUUCAAGAUCUUCAAGGUCAGCUUUCUGAUAUAUCUGUUGUUCUGUCAAUGGACAAUAACCGGGCGCUGGAUCUUGAUGGCAUUAUCGCGGAGGUGAAAUGUCAGUAUGAGGAAAUAGCUAACAAGAGCAAAGCUGAGGCUGAAGCUGCUUGUGCCAUGAAGUUCCAGCAGCUACAAGCAACAGCAGGUCAGCACGGAGACAGCCUCAAAAGUAGCAAGACUGAAAUUGCAGAUCUGAAUCGCAUGAUCCAGAGACUAAAGGCUGAGAUUGAAAGCGUGAAGAAGCAGUGUGCCAAUCUGCAGACAUCUAUCACAGAGGCAGAGGAACGUGGAGAACUUGCUGUAAAAGAUGCACAAAAAAAAUUAGAUGAGCUUCAGGAAGCCCUGAGGAAGGCCAAGGAGGAAAUGGCAAAGCAAUUGCAUGAUUACCAGAGGCUGAUGAGUAUUAAGCUGGCCUUGGAUAUUGAAAUUGCCACAUACAAGAAACUGCUAGAAGGAGAAGAAUGCAGGAUAUCAGGAGAGUACCAAAAUCCUGUCAGCAUUUCCGUGAUCAGCGGUUCCACUUCAAUCUCUUCUGGAGUAGGUGGUGGAUUUGGAGCUGGCGGUGGUGGAUAUGGAGCUGGCGGUGGUGGAUUUGGAGCUGGCGGUGGAGGAUUUGGAGCUGUCGGUGGAGGAUAUGGAGCUGGCGGUGGAGGAUUUGGAGCUGGCGGUGGAGGAUUUGGAGCUGGUGGCGGAGGUGGCGGAGGAUAUGGAGUUGGGGGUGCAGGAGGUGGAGGAUUUGGAGCUGGAGGAUAUGGAGUUGGUGGAGGCGGCCAAUUUGGAGGAGGGGGAGGAGGUUACAGCAUGGGUGGAGGUGGAGGCGGAGGCUUCAGUUCCGGAAGCAGACAAGGUGUCGCCAUUAUCUCAACAACAUCUUCUUCCUCUUCAAGCAAAAUGAACUAUUAACCUGGCAUCUUUAAUCCAACAACAUCUCUUUUUGCCUGCUAGAAUAUAUCCUCUGUUUUUAUGUCAAGAUCAUUUGAAAGCAAAAUAAAGUUUGUUAAUCAGGUCCCUUACUUUUCUAUAUUUCCUCUCAGUUGUAAGUAUCAUUACUGGCCUCUUCAUAUGGCUUCUGUAGCAUGUUUCAUACCUAAGUCUCACCGACACAUAAUAUACAUGCCAGACUGAAUUUAGAUGAAUCCCAAUUUUGUCUUUAGGAGAGCAUGACUGGAAACAACUGGGCAUACAUCAUUUAUACAAUUGUACCCUAUAUUUUCAAUUUUUUAUUUUUCAGCAUAUACAUAAGAGGUGGAACACAAUGGGUUGGUGGAGUUUUCCUUUUAGUAGGAUUGGAGAAGAAUACAACUAAGACAAUCUAAAGUUACCAACGCUUGGCAUAGCUACAAUUUUUUUCAAAUAUUGUAUAUGAAUCUUAAUCUUAACACUGGGAUAUGCAGCAGAUAAAUGCCACAUUUAAUAAAUCUGGGAUUAUCGUAUGGAAUGUAUCGCUUUAUAGGCCGGAGAGAUAAUUAUAUACGUUUAUUUACAAACACAACUCUUUGCUAUCAAAUUGUCUUGCAACAUGUUUACCUUCAAUGAGAAUGUCCUGUGGGUAAAGAGAACCUUUUGCUAUUUUGUUUCUGCCAUUUUAACCUCAGCAACCACUACUGACCAACUGGUAGCUACUGUUCCAUGUAUGAACAUGCUCCUUUACCUUACGUAUUGCUCAAACAGAGAAACUCUAGGCAACAUUUGUCCUUCCUAUGCAAUAACUAUUCCUCACAACUAACUUCAUUGUACAUCUAAUAAACUGCAUGUUUCAUAACUA